GUAAAAUGGCGGAAUGACAACGACAGGAGCCUUUACGCUGAACUAUUUGAGAUUAUUUUUUAAUAAUCCUGAUUUGUUGGGCUAUUUUUGAAAUGGCAACCAGUUUAAGAAGAAACACCUUUACUCUUAAAGGGUGUGAUCUGCCACAGUCUCUUCAACAAACGUCAGGGAUGGAUCGUCAGAAUAUCAUGAGACUGAAGGUGAACAGAAUUGCUAUUGUACAGGAACUGAAGGUUGAGCAUGUAUUAGACCAGCUGUGUGAAGCUGGGAUCCUUAACCUGAAAGACAGGAAGAAGAUAGAGAAAGGAACAACACCUAGUGACAGAGCACGAAUCCUGAUUGACAUCCUUCCAACAAAACCCAGAGAAUCUGACUGGUACAAAUAUUUCAGAGAAUCUUUACAGAAUCCAGAUGCAAAUGUUGAAUUUCGUAAAAGGUACAGAGAUUUAGUUGAAUUUCUUGACAACACAGUCAUCCAUCGACCUGCCUCGCAGGCGAGCCGUUUCAGUGAUAUUGAUCAAAAAGUUGACACAUUUCAAUAUCCAAAAUAUGAACCACUGCCAGCUAUCACUGAAAAGCUAGGAACACAGAAUAUUUUAUACCUUGAAGGAACAAAUACAAGUGUCACUGAGAGUACAUUCACUGAGACUGAGAAAGGGACUCAAAACAGCAACGUAAGUAAACCUGAAGUAGAUGAUAAAACAUCUGUGUUUAGUGAGGAGAGUCCAGAGUCUAUGACGCUUAUCAAAGGUUUCUUCCAUCAAUGGGUUCCAGUUCCAGAAAAUUUCCAUUCCAUGAUUGAAAUUCCAAGAGAACAGGUACAGUUACUGACAGAGUCAAGUGAGCCAGAGGAUCAGGAGUUGCUUGAGAGAGAAAAAAGAACCUGUCAGAAGAUGAGGAAGCUGGAGGUGGUUGCAGCACUGAAUAGAAGGAAGCAACUGCCUUUAGGAUUUGAAAUCAGCAUGUGUGAUGCUUUUCAGGAAUUGCUGGCUGAGCCAGAAUUGUAUCCCUUUUAUCUUAAAUACUUCAGGCAUAUCAACAUGAGUCGGGUAAAUAUAAUUCGAGACAUUGCAAACUCAUAUCACUCAGUGCUUGAAGCAUUGGAGGUAGCAAAAAGCACAGAGGCAACGAAGCAGGUUAUAAGUACUGGAUUCAAAAUAGUUGACCUUUUCAUGGAUUUUAGUUGUCUUGCUGAGGCUGAGGAGGUGCUGAGUGGUCUGAUAAGGUUCCUCAAUACAAAUCCAUGCAUCGAAACAUGGAUGGCAAAGUACAAGGGCUAUGUUAAGUUGAUGCAUCUGCGGAACAAAAACUAUGAUUUUAAUGGCAGCCAGCAGGCGUACUUCUGGUCAACUGAGGUGACCUGGGCCAUUAAGAUGAUGUCAUUUGGACAGGAUAUUAUUGAUGAGUCAGGAACCUUCAUUGGACUUAGUGUCAUGCUGUUGGAAACAGGCUCUUUGGCAGCUGCACAUGGGUGGGCAGACAAGGCAUUGAAGGAAGUUGAAGCUGACAACACGUCCCAGGUGAUAGAAUGUCUGUGUAACGCUGUGAUGGUAUGCUGUGCCACGUGGCAGGUCAACAAGGCCGAGAUGCUGGCUGUGCAGGCUGUGCAGAUGGCAAGGUCAGUUUACGGCAAGUACCAUCCUCUGCACCUGAAGGCGCUGCUCCACUACUGUCACCUGUCCAGUGAGUUCCUGCAUGGUGAGGAUGGACUUCAGGCAGCAAAGGAAUGUUUGACAAUCGCAAUGAGGAUCUACAGCUGUGAGACAAUCCAGAUCGCAUUGGCACACCGUGCCAUCAGUCGGGCUCUCAUGGUCACCCAGAAGUUUGAUACUGAAGAAUUCUUUAACCACUCCAUGGAGGCAAUCCGUAUCGCUCGAAGUCAGCUGCCACAAAGAAAUCCCAUGCUUCACAUGUUCCUCUGUACUUUUGCCUCAGAGCUGCAGUGGGAGUCACUGAACUGCCCCAAGGACGAGCAGGACUCCACCCUGAGGUGGGCAGAGGCUGAGGCUAAGCAGGCCCUGGUGAUCGUCUCCACCAGCUACGGAGAGAUCAGUCUCAGGUCGGCCCAGGUCUACUCCCUCUUGGGGCAGAUAUACUCCAAGAUGAACAGACUGGACGAGGCUGAGAAGCACCUGGAGCAGAGUGUGUCAUACAUGCGUCUCUGUCAGAGCAAGGACAGCAACUACCUUCUGCUGGCCAUGGCAACACUGGCCACCUUCUACAAGAUCGUCAACAAACCUGCCAAGGCUGUGCCCCUUCUCAAGGCUGUCAUUCGGAGUGAGGAGCUGAGUGUAGUCGGUGAGCAGCUGAGUGAGGAGCUGAGUGUAGUCGAGUCGUGUGGGUUCUACCUCCGCUGGGUACACAUGUGUUACGACAACCUGGUGAAGCUGCUUCAGUUGGGGGGACAGAACAAGCAGGCGGAUGAAGUGCAGAAGUCUCUCUCCCUCUGGCUCCAGGAGAACCCCGUCCUGGACAAAACAGUCAGUGUGGACACUCUCCAGCAGAAGCCCCCCCUGUACAAGGAGUUCAUGGAGAAGUAUGACAAGUGGGGCUCCACAGUGAAGAAAGCCCUGCUGGGAUUUACUGUAGGAAAUAGCAGCUAGAGGCAACUCACAUCCUCUAUAUCUCCUCGGAUAGCAUUUCAGUAUAUUCCCAUGGUUCUCCCAAUCUCAAAUUACCCACUUUUGAUUUCCUAGUGUCAGUUUCUAUGGCUACGAUGUUUUGUUCUCCUGUACCAGAACACAAGUUACAAACCAUCUUCAACGUUGAGUUGGCAAUAUUACAUGGUGUCAAGUCCCUUUGAUUAUGACAGAAUUUGGGACACAUUUAGUGUUGAAAAACAUUAUAACACCCAGAUGGAAGCCCUCAAAAGUCUUUUUGAAAGAAAAGAUGUCUCCAUGACCAUUAACUUGGUGGUGGCUUUGGUUUCUAGCUAAUAUGACUUACCUCCUUCAAACUCAACAUUUGAUUGGUCGGUGGGUACUUUGCGAUCACAAGAACCACGUGAUCCAGGGUUUAGUGUAGCUUUACCAAAAUGGAAGCCCUGGAGACCUAGAUGAUGGACAACACAAGAAGCAAAAGUAGCAGUUGUCAUGGUAGUGCAUGAAUGUCAGACAAGGUAGAAUAUCCAUUUGACAUUUACGAAUUUAUUGUGAUAUGUCAUAUUUAUUACUCAACUUUUGGUAGGGAUAAUUUCAUCUUUUGAUAAUACACAAAAACUUCUCACAUGUCAAAUGUAUAAUUAAAGAGUAUGACAUCUUAUUACCCUAUCAAAAUUUUAGUAGUAUAUAUCCUGUGAAAUCUUAAUUAAAUUGGAUUAUUGUUAAAUUUGUGAUUGAUCAUUCAUAAUGGUGUUAUUUUGACAUAUUUUGGGGGAUUUAUGAUUUCUUUUCCUCCCAUGGACCUGUGAAGGUCCGGGUUAGAAUAUUGAUCUUCAGUAACCCAUGCUUGUCGGAAGAGGCGAAUAACGGGAUCAGGUGGUCAGGCUUGCUGAC